AUGACGAUGCCGGCAAAUCACCCGAAUUCCACUCUCUUCCUCCACCGCAGAUCCGGCGGCGGCGCCGCCGGAUGCAAGCAGGCGUACCGCCACCCGACCGCCGCCGAGAUCCCCGACCACGUCGCCAGGUACCACACCCACGCCGUCGGCCCCGACCAAUGCUGCUCCGCCGUCUCGCAGCUCAUCUCAGCCCCCGUCUCCGCCGCGUGGCCCGUCCUCCGACGCUUCGACAACCCCCAGGCGUACAAGCACUUCGUCAAGAGCUGCCACCUCGUCCUCGGCGACGGCGACGUCGGCACCGUCCGUGAGGUCCGCGUCGUCUCCGGCCUCCCCGCCGCCCGCAGCACCGAGCGCCUCGAGAUCCUCGACGACGAGCGCCACGUCACAGGAUUCAGCGUCGUCGGGGGAGACCACCGCCUGGCCAACUACCGAUCCGUCACCACGCUCCACGCGGCGCCCGGCGGCGCCGGCACGGUUGUGGUGGAGUCGUACGUCGUCGACGUGCCGGAGGGGAACACGAAGGAGGAGACGUGCGUGUUCGUGGACACCAUCGUCAGGUGCAACCUUCAGUCCUUGGCUCAGAUCGCUGAAAAUCGAGCAAGACGAUGA